AUGGGCUGCUGGGGAGAGUAUCCGUUUCAGCACGACCAGGCGCUCGACUACUGGGGCCUGCUUCGUGACAUUAAGUCGACGCUGCCGUCUCCCGUGCAACGGGUGGUCAGUGUUAUUGUUGAGGCCCAAACAUUGGAAUAUAUCGACGAUGACGUUACUCAGGAGAUCCUAGUUGGUGUGGUGCUUGUAUUAGGGUUUACUGAUCGCCAAUGGCUUAAAAAUUACCCUCAUUUGAAUGACUAUUUACGCCAACAAAUCAAAGACUUUUUGACAAAAAACCAAGCUGAUUGGGACACUUUGUUAAAGCAAACGCCUGAUGUUUAUUCUCAGUCACUUACGGCGAUGGAUAAAGUCACUUCGCCCGAAAUCUCUGAGUCCUACGAGUUAUGGGAGGGAGACAAGACGUGGCUUGCCAGUUGCGACGAGCUUAAACAAGCCCUUCGCCAAUUUACCAAAUAG